UUUUUGCGUCAACGUCUCUUUCACUCUGAAUGUAAAUGCAGUCCUUGGAAAGUGCAGGCCAUGAUCCGGAUGUGCAUUGCAUUUCAAUGCUAUCUGCAAUGCCUUGGAUGUGGCAAAAUUAUUUAACUUCAUCUUGCUUUGCGGACAUCUAAGAAAAUGGUGCGAGGCAACGGCUGUGAGGCCAACCUCAUCUCAAUGAUUGCAUUAGAGACAUGGUGGUAGGGCCGUCACCAUAUGGUAAUUCAGUGUGACAAAAAUACCCAGGCCAUAGCAAUUUACAAAACUUUUUGUGAGGGUAAUUGUGUAAACUAACGAACAGUUGGUACUGCAUGUAAACGAACCAUCAUCUGCUCCAGGAAGGAGCCUGGAAGUUGGCUUCGGAUCCCGUCUGAAGGCAGAUCCCGUGAACUCGUGUUUGGGAGGGCUUUGAACCACUGCUUUUGUCAUGUAUCUCUUUAUUUCCUUAACCUUAUUCGUAACAGUGCGAUCAUAGCAUUAGGCUCAAACUGUUCACACUUAAAGAUUUGAAUUGACGGCCGCUACCCAUCAUUGUUCGCUGCGAAUUGACGGGCUCCGAAGAGAAGAGAUGAAAAGCCAAGUCUCUUGUGUUGAUGAAGACGACUGUGAAUCGUGUAGAUUGGCGUAUUGUUGGUGGAGAACAGCUGCAAAAUUCGAUGAAUGUGCUAAGCUUAAGCUGGACUUUCCUGACGUUUCCAUUCUAACGCCUAGGCUUAGACUGCUUAGAGAAUUAGAGAGAUUGGCUUUAAUUGCACCUGAAGGACUAAAUGAGCUUCGGCACAAGCUUCUUGGGUAUCGUUCAGGUGAUUUCUGGGUACCCACUGGAGGGAUUAAGAAGGAAGAUAUGGAUAUUCCGCCGGUGAGCACAAUACUCUUGGUGGGAUUCUCCGGUUCUGGCAAGAGCUCGCUUAUAAAUCUCAUGUACAGUAUUCUGGGUCGGUCUGGCCUAAUUCCCUUUGCUCAAACAUCAUCAGGAAGUCGUUCCAAUUAUACAACCAUGUACAUGGAAGAACACAACGUCCUGAGAUCAAUGCGAAGUGGUUUCUGUGUUUACGAUUCAAGAGGGUUUGAUUAUGUUAGAACGACAGAGGCUUUGGGGGAAUUGUCGAGCUGGAUGAUUGAGGGGAUUCAUCAUAAUCAGCUAUGCUUCAGAUAUGGUGACUGCACGACGAUGACAGAUGAUGUGGAGAAUAUUGUCACGAGAUCAUCUUCAAAAUUUGUGCAGAGAAGAGUGAAUUGCGUGAUGGUCGUAGCGAACAUAGCAGAGAUUUACAAUGCUUUGAAAGCAGGCGAUUUUAAGCCGUUAGAGGCUACCAGACAGCUCUUCUGCUCCCCUGCGUUGCGAAAAAGCAAUGAAAACCCUCUCUUGAUCCUGACACACGGUGACUUGUUAUCCACUGAGGAGAGGAUAGAUGGCAGGCUGAAGAUAUGCGAAUGUCUGGAUAUAUCGGAGACUAACGGAGUUUAUGACAUAGUUUGCCUCACAGAAUACGGGUUUCUAGUUGAAGAAUCUGAUCCAGUGUCAGCCUAUGCGUUAACUGAAGCUGUAUACAGAGCACUUCUUAUCUCAGAUAGAGGCCACUUUCCAAAGAAAAAAUUCCAGGACUGGGCACUGUUGAUUUUGUUAUGGCUUGUGCGUUUUAUUGGUGUGUGCUUCGCUAUCCUAGCUGAUGUUUGUUCCAAACUCGGACAGAAAGAGAAACUGAAGAUGUGAUUCAAGAGAUCAACAGCUUAACCAAGGAUUUAAUUUGUAAAAAGCAAUGCCUCAUCACUAGAAUAAUGCUUUUUUUAGUAGUUUAGUUUAGAAGACUGAUCUUGAGAUAGGGUAACUUACUGACUAGACACGUCAGACCAAGUGACUUGAUUCUUGUCAAAUUUCUAGCCCAUCAUCUGCUUUUACUCACUGAUGUAUUGAUUUGUUAUUAUAAUGAAGAAUAACCUGGUUUCUAGCAUAA